AUGUGUUACGAUCAUUACGGUGUAGAAACGGGCGAGGGGAGCGUGGCGGAGGCAGCCGCGGAGGGUGGCGGGUCGUGUGCGACGCAGGCGUGGGGCGCAUGGGGUCCGUGCAGCGUCACGUGCGGUCCGGGCCGCGCCGUUCGCCAGCGCCACUACGUAUGGCCGGCGCGUGCUUUCGCGGACGCCUGCCGCGCCUUGCUCACCGACUAUCGCCGCUGCCACGGACCCAGGGCGCAUUGCAGAGUAAAGGCUGAGUACGAGGCGGAGCCGGCGGAGGCGCACGGGCCGUGCGCGGUGUCGCAGUGGAGCGAGUGGUCGCCGUGCGAGGGCUGCGGCGUGCGCGCGCGUACGCGCCACUACCUGACGCCGCGCGCCCGCAAGCGCUGCCACGUCGGCUUCCGCGCCGCCGCCGUCAUGAGCCAAGCCAUACCGUGCGACAGUGGACCUUGCUACAAACCUACCGGAGCACUAGCAAACGCAACAAACUUCGACUGGUUUUUUGUGGAUAACCCGACCGCGGAGUGUCCGGUGAGUGCGUGGGGCGAGUGGUCGCCGUGCUCGUCGCGCUGCGGGCGCGGGCGGCGCGUGCGCGGCCGCCUGCUGGUGGCGCAGAGCGCGCGCCUGCAGCCGCGCCUCACGCGCCACCUGCUGCACCUCUGGAACCAGCGCUUUGCACAACUGCAGCACUUGGAGCUACCAGAGUUAAAUGCGACAGAAGAGGAUCCUGAAAUUGAGAGCAUGGUACAGGAGCAUCUUGAACGUUGCCAGUUCACCCUCACGCAACAAGAGGCUCUCUGCGAUGCAGAUGACGGUUGUCAAGUUGUCACACCACAAGAUGUGUGUUCCUUGCCGCUGUCGGUGGGACCUUGUCGUGGCUAUGAGGAACGUUGGUUUUACGAUACAAUACGGAACGAGUGUGAACCAUUCGGCUUUACUGGCUGCGGAGGCAACGCAAAUAACUUCCCUACGAAGGAGAUAUGUAAUAGGCAAUGCAAAAGAAAACAAAAUGACAUUUAUAAUAUUGCUCUAAAUAGCCACCCAGAGAUAAUUUUUAAAAAGAUUAAACCUACACCUUCCAACCGUGACAACGAAGUUAUGCAGAAUGACACGCCAAUUUUAGCAGAUGACGUUGACUGCGAGACGGGUUCGUGGCUUGGUUGGAGCGAUUGCUUCGGAGACUGUGACUACGCUAUCAAACUCAAUUAUCGCCUCAUUUUGCAAGGCGUAUCAGGACUUGGGAAACCGUGCUCGAAGCUAAUAAAAAGUCGUAUUUGUAAACCUGGCUAUUGUCGUAAAUUAUUUCUUGUUAAUAAUAAUUCCUCAGUUGAAUUCGAUUAA